AUGCUGAAUACAAAUACUGGAAAGGGAAGCGUGUUUAGCAUUGGCGAGUUGUUGAAGUUCCUACUGAUACUCUCAGUUAGCGGAGAUUUAUUUUCCGAAACAGACCUCAGUAGCCAUAACAGAACAGAAAGCGAUUUCGUUAACAAUAAGACAACAAAACCACCAAUAUUAUCAAUCGAUGAACACAGUGAAAAUGUGGAAGAAAAGAAAAGUUCAAUGGUGAAUCGUUUUCUUUUCGAAGAAGAGUGCGAUAAUUGGUUUGAUGCUUUCAUACAGCAAAAGAGAUUGGACAGAAGUCGAAACACUGAGUCCGAAUAUAUUCUUUCUUGUUCUUCUUCCGCCGAUUAUUUUCGAAAGCGGUUACAAUCUACACAAAGUAAGACUGAUAAAGGCGACUUUUUCACAAAUAUGUUCCCGAUCUUAUCAUUUGCUACGCUUGGAACAGUAAUAUCUGCUCUAACUAUCGGUUCGGCGUUGUACAUCCUUGGCCAGGCAGAUUUAAUAUAUAAAAUGAGUGCCGCAGAGAGUUUUGCAUUUGGUUCAAUGAUUUCUGCUGUGGAUCCAGUUGCAACGCUUGCCAUCUUUCAAGCAUUAAACGUUGAGCGAAUGCUAUAUAUGCUUGUUUUUGGCGAGUCCAUGCUUAACGAUGCCGUUUCCAUCGUUCUAACAUCCGCUUCUCUAGAAAUGUCUCUCCAGAGUGUUUCACCUUCAACAUUAGACAGCUUGUUUUUCCCAGUAAUCUCCAGAUUUACCUAUAUUUUUUUUAUAUCUGCUCUUCUCGGUGCAUUUGUUGGAUUUCUUUCAGCGCUGUUGUUCAAGUACGUCGAUCUACGGAAGACUCCAUCACUGGAGUUCGCUUUAUUACUUAUAUUUGCAUACUUACCAUAUGGUCUUGCAGAAGCUAUUUCACUUUCAGGCAUAAUGGCAAUUUUGUUUUGCUCAAUAACCAUGUCCCAAUACACUCAUUUUAAUAUUUCACCUAUAACACAAAUCACCAUGCAACAGACCUUCAGAACAUUGGCAUUUGUGGCAGAAACGUGCACGUUUGCAUACUUGGGACUGGCUUUGUUCACAAUCAAACUUCAAUUUCAACCAAUGUUUGUAUCAUGGAGCAUUGAAAGCCAAGUAACGGUAAACUUUCUCAAUUAUCAGCUCAUUUGCAAUCCAUCGGCGUUGAAAGUUUCGUCGGGUCGCUAUAUUACUGAAAGACUGAAGAUUUAUGUUACUUCAUUCAAAGGUAUGAGAGGAGCCGUCGCAUUUGCGUUAGCUUUGCACAUAUCAAUAGAAAACGAGGAAACAAAAAGAGUUUUGUUAACAACGACACUUUUUAUCGUGUUAUUUACCAUAAUUUUUCUCGGCGGUACAACUUUACCUAUGCUGCGAAUGUUAAGCAAUGUAUUCCCGGACAGGAAACACCGCAAGAGUGUAGGAAUACGAAUUGCAAGUGAUGGAGAUAAGUCUGCCGUGCUGCUGAGUAAAACGCAAGAAAUGUUUAUAUUCGACCAGUCGGAACAUUUGAGUUCUGACACUGAAGAGAUUGAUAACUAUAGAAAACAUGAGAGAGAUACAUAUAAGGGAGCUGCUUAUAAAUUUAACGAGUUAUUCGUACGACCAUUCUUUGUUCGCAGAUAUACGCUACAAGAACAACAGGAGAAUCGAAUGAAUAUGCAUCGAAUCACAAGUAAAAUACUCAGUGCGGACUCUGAUGGUCUAACUCGACGGUUUUCUACCGAUGAAGCAUCCAUUAGUUCUUCCUCAAUAGCCCAGCCAUUAUUGUAA